GUUUUUUAUGAUUUCUACAUAAUAGCUCUAGCAGACAGUGACGAAUAGAGCAUUCAAAUUCGAAUUCAAAAGGGUAUGUCACCGACUAAGAGACAUGCACGUUGUGCUUUUCAUACUUUGUCUAAAUUUGGACUUCAGUAUGUUACGAUGACAAAGUUUCUAUUAUGCCAUCAGCCUUGCGAACUGUCGCCAGUCGCAGUCUCCAAUGGCUGUCUUUGCGCUUAUUGACUCUUUAAGGAUUUUCUGAUGUGUAUAAUAGGACAGGUUUCUCAAGCAGAUAAAUAAUCGCGAAGCUACCCUUUCUGCAUUAGUAUCAUG